GUACUGGAAAAGGCUCAGCUCUACCAUAUCCCAGAAUAAAUGCAGUUAUGGUUAUAUUUAGGUGAUUAACCUUUCCCAUCUCCCCCUAAGACCAGGACUACUUUUGCUGCCUCUCUCCAAGACCUUUCCAUCAAGUCACUGACAAUCUCCAAAGAUCCUCCUAUUCUAACCCCCAACAAACACCAAAAUCAGUACACACACACCCCAUAUAUUCCUCCCCACCCCCCACAAGGAUCCACGAGGCAAUAAAAGGCCUCACUAAGGGAUACUUUCUAGAGCCUGAUGUCAUCUGUAACAGGGGUAUAGGGAAAACACCACUAAAUUUGAGUCAGAAACCUCAAUUAGAAACCAGGCUCUUGAUACUUUCUACCUGUAUGAUGGUAAGUAAAUAACUUAAUCUUUGUUUAACCAUAAUUUCAUAUCUAUUAAAUGGAAAUAAUUUUCACUUUAUCUAAUCCAUGAAGCUAUUGUGAGAAUCAAACAAAAAGUGUAUGUGAAACCAUAAAGAGUAGCUCUUUAUGUAACCAUAAGAGUUAACAUAAAUGUAACUGCUACAUUAUAUUAUUUGCUAUCCUCCUAUAUACUGUUGGUCCCUCACCCAUUCUUUACAUGAGUUCUACCUCCUCCUCUCUUUAAACAACAGGUACAGCAGCACGGAGAUGGGGCAGAAGGCUACCAUCCAUGUUCUCCAUACUUUAGUGGCUUUUCUUAGCCUAGCUGCGUUUUACAGAAAACAAUUUACUCACAGCAGCCAAAAUCAGUUUAAUAACAAUCCAGGUUUACCAAAAAUAUUUAUGAGAAAUACUAGGUUAGGAAAAGGUGUUACUGAGAAGUAUUUAAGUGGCUACAAGACUUCUGGCACUCAAGUUGGAACAAGCUUCUCUUUACCUCUCACUACACAUCUGCCACUCAUGAACAUAUACCAGUUCUGGGUGCUUGGAUAAUUCUUCUCAUUCCAACAAGUUAGCAUAGCAAAGGAGGUGCCACCAGAAUCCAGAAUUUUUUACCAAACUCUAAUUAAAUGCACAGCUCUAUAGAGUACUGCCAAACAGACUGGACACAUAAUAUUAAUGCAGAAACAAGAGUUAUAUUUUGAAAAUGCCAUCAGGCAGAACAGAAAAAAGAAAGCUGCAUAUUGGUGACAUCUGUACGUAUGCGAGGAAAUCCACACAAGAAAAUAAAGAUAUACAGGCUCUGCUCAAUAGUUGUCUAAACUAGGAAAUGUACCCUGGACUGCCAUUCUACACAGGUGAGAGAACACUGGAUGUGUCGUUGACUGCUGUAGCUCAAUGUCUAGCAAAAUAAGCGUUUGAUAAACUUAAAAAUGAAUUAAUUUAAACUUAUUAAAGGAGAACAGAAACCCAAACAUUUCUGGAGACAGCAAAGGAAGAUUCCAGCAACACAGGACAAGGAGGCAGCCAGACAGGACUUAACUAGCUGCUGAGAAGAACAAAUAAGAGCUAAAGAGCAAGAUUCUUGAGAAGAAUUAAUGGCAAAGAAACUACAAGGGGUACGAGAAAGCCAGGGAAGAAAGAACCUAGAUUCACGCAUUCAACAAUUAUUCACUGAGGGCGUCCCUGAGCCAAUUGCUGUUCUCGGAGACAGCAACAGAGAAGAGAACAAGACAAAAAUCCCCGCCCACCUGAAGCUGACAUUCUAGUAGAAGAGAUCGCCCACCAGAUUGCCUGGUAUAAACAACACUGUGAGAGAGCAGAGGAAGACACAAGGAGUCCUACUCGGGCUCGGAGACAGUUUGGGGCGGGUUACAGCGGAGGCCUGGGAGAGGGAGCAAGGCCACUCCAGGCAGCAUUCCUGGAUCUCGGCGAGGCCGCUCCAGGCAGCAGGAUUUGACCAGAGCAAGGAGGAAGGCCAAGGCGAGCAGGACGGGUGCAGCAUCCCUGAGGAGUGACAGGAUUCACAUUUGGGUUAUCUCAGGAUGAGCUUCCUGCUGCCCAAGCUGACUAGCAAAAAGGAAGUAGACCAGGCGAUAAAAAGUACUGCUGAGAAGGUGUUGGUGCUCAGGUUUGGAAGAGAUGAAGAUCCUGUCUGUCUGCAGCUGGAUGAUAUUCUUUCUAAGACCUCUUCUGACUUAAGUAAAAUGGCUGCUAUAUACCUGGUAGAUGUAGACCAAACUCCAGUUUAUACACAGUAUUUUGACAUCAGUUAUAUUCCGUCUACUGUCUUUUUCUUCAAUGGGCAGCAUAUGAAAGUGGAUUAUGGAUCUCCAGAUCACACUAAGUUUGUGGGAAGCUUCAAAACCAAACAAGACUUCAUAGAUUUGAUUGAAGUAAUCUAUCGAGGAGCAAUGAGGGGGAAGCUUAUUGUCCAAAGUCCUAUUGAUCCCAAGAAUAUUCCCAAAUAUGACCUUCUCUAUCAAGACAUUUAGUACAUUAACUGAUGUCAAAGAUGAAGAAAAAGGCACAUCUUGACAAGUACCUGAAUCCAGCUGUGCUGUUUCUGAAGUCCUUUGGAAACGUGUCCCAGACGAGAAGAGGUUAUACUUGCAUGUAGAAAACCUGGCCCCUGAGGAGAAGACCCCGCUGGUUCUCUGAUGACCUGGGAUGCCUGUCUACUCCCUGCAAGCCUGGAGCAGCCAAGUCAUUGGUGUUCAUUUUCCCCACGGUGAUUUGUGUAACUUCUCUUUCUAAUGUUUUUCUUUAUUCCUUUAAUACAGAGUCCUCCAAAACAUUGGCUAGUACAAUUUGGUUUAAUCAUGUUCAUUUGAUACACAAGUGAACUGGAAAGUCACUUCCCAUAGAAGCAAAAGUACUUAUUUUCUACCCUAGCUGGCUGCAUGCCUGCACACACACAUGCACACACUCUCACACUCUCACACACACACACCCCUUUGCCCAUUUCUCCACUCAUACAUCCCUCAUGCUUUCCCAUCUCCAGUCUGUAUUACUGUAGUUUCUCUUCAAAUAAAUAAUUGAGCAGACAAGUUUUAUUUUGGAGCCUUUUGGGUCUGACUUUUAAACAUUGUCCUGGUUGGCUCUUUUUUUUUUUUUGAGAUGCAGUUGCCCAGGCUGGAGUGCAGUGGUGCGAUCUUGGCUCACUGCAAGCUCUGCCUCCUGGGUUCACACCAUUCUCCUGCCUCAGCCUCCCGAGUAGCUGGGAAUACAGGCACCUACCACCGCGCCUGGCUAAUUUUUUGUAUAUUUAGUAGAAAUGGGGUUUCACUGUGUUAGCCAGGAUAGUCAUGAUCUCCUGACCUCGUGAUCUGCCCGCGUUAGCCUCCCAAGUGCUGGGAUUACAGGCGUGAGCCACUGUGCCUGGCCCAUUUAAUUAUUUUUUAUAUUAUAAAAUUGAAUAUGAAAAGUGAGAAUUUGAACCUUCACUCUCCACCACUCUAUUCAGGUAAAACAAUGCAUGAGCCACCCUUAGCAGGAGCAGGUUUUUCCCAGAAGCUGCUGCCUCUUCCUGAGGCAGAAAAUUGUAUUACUAAAGCUCAAAACUAAAGAGAUGUCAGCAUUGUUAGAAAGAAAUGUCACGCUUAUGGGAUUUGCCUGUUUUAAUAACUUUGUGAGGAAUUCUUACUCUUCCGGGGCGCCUGGUGCAACCGUGGGCAAAUUACUGUCCCUCUUUAUGGUUAUUGAAACAUUUAUUAGAAGGAGAGGGCAGGCGCAGAGCUGGAGAACCAUGGUCGAGGCAGCUUGUGAUCUGCCUAGCAGCCGCUGACCUCCUCACCAGCAGAAGCCCAGUCCUGUUCAGAGCAGCACUGUCACUGCAAGUCCAUCCCCCUUUGCCAGGGGUUCCAUUCCACCCCUUUUCUGCAGGGAGAGGUGCCCUGAGGCUUGCUUCUGGCUUAUACAGGACAGAGGGAAGGCUGCUGGGCACUGCUUGUGUUCCUGCUGAUAAAAGGAGGGAGUCACUCCAGGAAUAAGACAAAACGAGAGGAGGAGGCCGUCACCUCUGUCCUCUUCCAUCGUACACUUCCUGCCUCUGGUUUAAGCAUGAUGCAUGAUGCAUGAUGCACAACAGCCAUCUUAGGCCCAUGAGGUAAAACAUCGACAUGCUAAGAAGAACAAAAAGAAUCCGAUCCCUGAUGUUAUUGAACUCCUGUGUGAACUCAGCCUGCCUCCCUCAGAUUUCUGUGAAAGAAUAAAAUUUCUUUUUGCCUAAGUCA